AUGUUUGAAGGAUUCAAUAAGACUAAAAAAAGAAAGCUUGACAAUACGGAAUCAUCCUCAUCCGCACUACACCAAUCCAAACCAUGGGUUGAGAAAUACAGGCCCAAACAAUUAGACGACAUUACAGCCCAAGGCCAUGCUGUCUCAGUGCUGAAGAAGACAUUACAAUCCGCCAAUUUACCUCAUAUGUUAUUUUAUGGACCCCCAGGGACAGGUAAGACCUCAACGAUCUUAGCGUUAGCUAAGGAAUUAUAUGGUCCUGAGUUAAUGAAAUCUAGAAUUUUAGAGUUGAAUGCUUCAGAUGAACGUGGUAUUUCUAUCGUGAGGGAGAAAGUGAAGAAUUUUGCUCGUUUGACAGUUUCAAAGCCAAGUAAGAAUGAUUUAGAGAAUUAUCCUUGUCCUCCUUAUAAGAUCAUUAUCUUGGAUGAGGCAGAUUCUAUGACUGCAGAUGCGCAAAGUGCAUUGCGUAGAACUAUGGAGACUUACUCUGGUGUUACUAGAUUUUGUCUUAUUUGUAAUUAUGUUACCAGGAUUAUUGAUCCGCUGGCUUCCAGAUGUUCUAAAUUUAGGUUUAAACCAUUGGAUGCUACGAAUUCUAUUGGUAGAUUGGAGUAUGUUGCUCGCGAAGAAUCUGUACAAUAUGAUGAUGAUGUUAUGAAAUGUAUUUUGGAUAUAUCAGAAGGUGAUUUAAGAAGAGCGAUAACGCUUUUGCAAUCUGCUUCCAAGCGCAUAUUGUAUACUGGUGAGAAGCAAGUCACUUCAGCUAGUGUGAAGGAAUUAGCAGGUGUUAUACCUGAUGAUGUAUUCCAAGUUGUUAUUGAUAAAGUUUCUAAGAAUGAUGUGAACGAAACUAUUGAAUAUGUUAAUGAAUUUAUCAAAAGCGGGUGGUCAGCUGCGUCUGUUAUUAAUCAAUUACAUGAUUAUUAUAUUACCAAUGAUGAGUUUAAUUCUGACUUUAAGAAUAAAGUUUCGUUAAUAUUAUUUGAAAUGGACUCAAAAUUGGCCAAUGGAACUAAUGAACAUAUUCAAUUAUUAAAUUUACUUGUUAAAAUUUCACAGAUAUGA